AUGGUCAGCCAAAGAAGGAUAGAGGUUAACCCAGAUCAAGUGAAGGCAGUCAUAGAAACACCACCCCCUAGGAGCAAAAAGGAAUUACAGAGCCUUACAGGCAAGCUCGUCGCGCUAGGACGCUUUAUAGCCCGUUUCACUGAUAAACUGCGACCCUUCUUCUUGGCAAUACGAAAAGCUGGAGCGAGCGGAUGGAUAGACAACUGUCAGAGCGCUUUUGAAAAAAUUAAACAUUGCCUCAUGCAACCUCCCAUCCUGAGCAGCCCCCUCUCUGAGGAAAAAUUGUAUAUGUAUCUGACCAUAUCGGAGUGGGCAAUUAGCGUUGUUCUGUUCCGUUGCCCCUCACCCAAGGAGCAAAAACCUAUUUACUACGUCAGUAGAGCGUUGGCGGACGUAGAAACUAGGUAUUCAAAGAUGGAGCUAACGACUUUGGCUCUUCGAAGUGCCGCCCAGAAGCUCCGCCCUUACUUCCAAGCCCACCCGGUGGUCGUGCUAACUGACCAACCCCUUUGCAACAUCCUGCACAAAUCGGACUUAACCGAAAGAAUGCUUCAAUGGGCCAUAGAGUUAAGCGAAUACGGAAUCGAGUUCCAACCCAGGUUGUCCAUGAAAGGUCAAGUGAUGGCUGACUUCGUGCUAGAAUACUCCCGAAAGCCUAUCCAGCGCAAGGAACCAAGACAACAUCUGGAGCAAGCCAUCCGACUGGGGUUCCCCGCCUCUAACAAUGAAGCAGAGUAUGAGGCCAUCCUAUCCGGAUUGGACCUCGCCCUGGCUCUAUCAGUUUCCAGGCUCCGGGUCUAUAGUGAUUCCCAACUUGUGGUAAGGCACGUCCAGAAGGAAUACGAAGCUAAGGAUGCACGCAUGGCGCGAUAUCUGACUAAAGUAAGGGACACCUUACAACGGUUCACCGAAUGGACAAUCGAACAAAUUAGACGAACUGAAAAUGGAUGUGCCGACGCCCUAACAAGCAUAGCUGCUUCCCUCCCCAUCAAAGAAGCCAUAUUAUUGUCUAUACAUGUGCAAGCCAACCCUUCCGUCGCGGAAGCCUCCACUUGCAAUACCAUUGAGGCAAGUCAAGCAGACGACCAAGAGUGGACGAAAGACAUUAUAAGGUACCUCCGGACAGGCACUCUGCCUGAAGAGCCCAAGCAGGCACACAAGAUCCGGGUGCAAGAAGCCUGUUUCACCCUGAUCGGGGGGCACUUGUACAAAUGGUCCUUUACAGGUCCCUAUCUCAGGUGCCUAAACCACUCAGAGGCCUUGUAUGUUUUAGCUGAGUUGCAUGAGGGGGUAUGUGGGAACCAUUCUAGAGGUCGGUCUCUGGCGCACAGGGCCCAUUCGUAA